AAAUCACCGGAAGUGCAUGUGAGACGUUCUUCUGUUUCUGUCAAAAUGGCUCGUAUGUUUAAUGUCGCUGUUGUUUUCACUGUUUUCUUCGUGUGCUUAAAUUUUGUAUGCUGUAAUAACGGAAGAAGGGUUGGUGAUGCCAUGGAGACUGAGUUCAGUGGUUUUUCUGUGCCUCUUGAACACUCGUUUGAAGUUGAUGACGUAGCAAAGUUUCAAGUGCGUGGAGCUCUGAUGCUGAAGGCUGGAAGAGAGCCGAGUGUGUCACUAAGUCAGAACCCGCUGUCGGAGCAGGACAGGGCCAAACUGAAGGAAGUGGCUGCAGUCGAUGGUCUGUACAGGAUCAGAGUGCCUCGUGUUUUCCUGCAGGCUGACAGACAGACAGAGCGGCAGAUGGAAGGUUACCUCACAGCGUUUGUCAGAGCCUGUGCCAUGGUUGAGUCCCAUCUGAGCGACGUGAUCACACUCCACACUGACGUCUCUGGGUACCUCAUUGGUGUCUCCAUAGUGACGUUACCUGGGGCCUGUAGGGGCACUGAGGUCGAGGAUGAGGACGACCUUGAUGAUUUCAACACCACACUGAGUAUAAUGGCUCCUGUCAAUGCACCUGGACCUGAGACGGCUCUCUUCCUUGAACGUAUGGAACAAGAAUCUGAGAAGAAAGGGAAGAACCCACAAGAGCAGAAAUCUUUCAUUGCCAAAUAUUGGUAUUUGAUUCUGGGUGGUGCAAUCUUCCUCAUGGUCUCCAAUUCGGCACAGCCCCCAGCAGGGGGAGGCAGAGAGCAGAGCUGAGUCCCACUGAAUGGAUGUACAUCGUGCCUCUUGUUCUCUUCUUGAUGAUGUCUGGCGCUCAGGACCAAUCAGGAGCAGGAGCUGGCGGUGGAGCGGGCAAUGGCGGUGGCCGAUGAUCAACAUAAUUUUUUUUUUUGAAUACUUGAACAAUUUUUCAGUUUCAUUUGAUUGCUGUAUAUAAUGCCAUUAAAAGAAGAUACAUGUCCGUCACACACAACUUAAACCUGUAUAGAAGAGAUACUGUGCCCUGCAGAUGACUGCAUUUUAAAUUCUGAUGUGAAAAUAAAGUAUUUAUUACUUGAA